GCAAGAAUUUCACGGUUUUGGAUUUGUUUUUUGCUCUAAUUCAUUUUUUUUAGUUAAAAUACCAAGGAUGCACGAUGGAUCAGUGGAUGGCCAAAGACAUUAUUCAGAUCAGGAAUGUGAAGAUGGGGAGAUCUCCGAUGAAUCAGUCGAAGGUAUUAUUUUUAAAACAGUUUUUACAAUAUUUUUAGAAACUUUUGAUCGCUCUAAAUUUACCGAUAUUGCUCCAAAUGACGAUGUUAAACAGCUUGAUUUGGAAAAAGUCGACGCAUAUGAUGCUGCACAGUUUGAAGGCAGAUUAAUUGAGAAUAUGGCAGAAAAGCAAUUUAGAGACGAUCGUAGUAAGAAAUUAAAGAAUGGGAAUCUUGAGGUUUUAGUACAAGAAACUAAUUCUUCAAUAAAGAAAGGAGACCUAACACCUUUUGAAUUGAUCAAGCAGAAAGAAUUGGCUGGUUCUAAAUCAAAAUGCAAUACGAUAGAAAGGGGUGGAUUAACUUUCGGACAAAACAAAUCUUCCAAUCAAAACCAACCGAACUUACCACAGCAGAGAUAUAGGGCCGAUAAUCCUCGUGAAGAACGGAUUUUUGAUGAGCAGGAUGUUGAAGAUGAAAGCUAUGACGAAAGUUCUGAUGUGUCAGACAAUUCAGAAAUAAGCGAAGAACUCGACGAAUCUACUCAAAAGCUUAGCAAACAUAAUAAGAACAAUAUAAAAAAGAGGAAUAAACUUACAAUAAGAAUGCGAAAGGAUGAUGGAGAUAACAAUUAUUUUGAUGCAAGGAUUAGGCAGUACCAAGCGGAAACCAAUUCUGAAGAUUUGCUUGAUUAUCAUGAGUUAAAAGACGGCUUUCAUAUUUCAAAGCCUGUUUGGGAUUUGUGUUACAAAAUUUUGGCUGAUGAAAUGGGUCUGGGUAAGACUAUGCAAAUCUGUGUUUUCUUGCGAUCAUUGGCUGAAAGUCAAAGGCCUUCAUCUAUUUUUGGGUAUUUAUUUAUACAUUUUGGUUAA